AUGUUACUCGAAGAGAAAAAUCACGCUGAUUUCAAGAGCUGGUUGCUACCGAAGCUCGAGAAAAUCUCCGAUGCUGAAGCUGGAGUUCUUGCUGACUAUGUAGCCGCGCUCGUGACAGUUGACGAUACGGAAACAAACGUUCAACGUACUUUGAUCGAGUCGUUGGAGGACUUCCUUGGCAGAGAAAGCACUGAACCCUUUGCAAAAGACAUCAUUGCAGGACUCAAAGCCAAGAGCUACCUCCCAGAGCCAAAACACUAUGACGCGAUACCACCUUUGUCGGCUCAAGCUCAAACCUCACAGUCAGCGCCCAUACAGUCGAUAGUAGGCAGUACGAACUUCGAAUACGAACCGCAUCCGUCGAAUGUGUCAUCUGAGGCCCCGAGAGGUCCUGCCGCGACCAGGAACUCAACGGCAUCACACCACCUACCCGACCGACCGACCGCGCAGGGCAUAUAUCAAGAUGGUUCGAAUCAGUCAAGGAAGCGCAAGGUGCUGGAAAGGGGUGAUAGCCAGUCGCGAGAAGGCCAGGAUGCACACUAUAAUCGCAGCGCUGGUGGGAACAAUAGGCCAUCGAAGCAGACCGCCCGUAGAGGCGGUAGGAAUGCUGGAGCUGGAGAUGUACGGUCACAGAAUACCUUCGGUGGCUUUGCUGGCAUGCCAAACUUCACGGACCUUCCGGCACCACCCCCAGGGCCUCUACCAUUUGAUCCCUCAGACCCCAUGGCUUUCUUUGCGAUGGCAGCAGCUUUUGGAGCGAACCUGCCAGGCAUGCCUCAGCUUCCUUUUCCCACCGGGCAAGAUGACGAUUCGAUUCAAGGGCGACCUAAGACAAAGUGUGCUGAUUAUUACGAAAGGGGCUUCUGCGCACUGGGCAACCUUUGUCCAUACGAGCAUAGCGAUGCCGCGGUGACUGUUUCGCCAGACGAGAUACCCGAGUAUGAUCCAGAGCAGUCAUUCCUCGCUGUCCAGCCACAAAAAACAUUUGGCAAACAAGCAGCCUCCGGUGGCCAGCGUCGCCCUCCCAAGGGUCGUAGACCACGAUCGUCGUUCUCCUUGCCAGGCUACUCGCAUGACCGAUCGAAUACCACGCUGGUCGUUGAACAGAUUCCACAACAACACUUCAACGACGACAGUAUACGAGGUUACUUCUCAGAGUUUGGUGAUAUAUCCAAUCUGGAGCUACAUCCUAAGAGGCGUUUGGCGGUCAUCAAGUUUGCCAACCGCCAGGCUGCUAACCAAGCUUUUCAUAGCCCCAAGGCGGUCUUCGAGAACCGGUUCGUUAAGGUCUACUGGUACGGGCUGGACACAGGGGAAAGGUUGUCCCAUGAAAAGGAUGAGGAUGUUGACAUGGAGGGUCCAAAGCGCAAAGAAGAAGAAAAGCUUGACCUGGAGGCGAUUGCGAUUAGGCAAGCGGAAGCUCAGAAAACGUUUGAAGAGCGCCGCCGUAAGGCUCAGGAAGCAGAUGCGAGGGCCGCAGAGAUUGAGCGACAGCUGGAGGAAAAGAACAGAGAGAUAGCAGAGAUAAAGCGUCAACUUGCAGAACUAUCAGGUGACCCGUCGGACGAGUUUUCGCAAACUCUUGCGACGCUUCAAGCCGAGGCUGCAGAACUUUUCGAUCAGCAUGGUCCAGAUGAGCCCUCGCCUAGUGAUCGCGGCCAUGGCGCGUUUCAUGGAGCUUAUCGAGGCCGGGGUUACGUUCCCUUCCCACCUCGAGGUAGAGGCUAUACCCCUUACCGGGGAGGGUAUCGUGGUCGUGCAGGUGGUUUUGUUGGUCGGGCUGCGAAUAAAAAACUGGAUAAUAGGCCCAGGCGCCUGGCUGUCACGGGCAUCAAGCCUGACACACCAAGGGAUGAAUCUUUGAGGCAGCACCUUCUUAACAUCCCUGAGUGCAGCAUCGAGCGUCACCCUGAGCAAGACGAUGCUCUUAUCUUAACCUUCAAAGAACGAUAUCAGGCUGAGGACUUUCUCGAUCAAUCUCUUAACAUUCCCAAUAUCGGAAAACUAGAUCUCGCAUGGGUUCCUAACGACGCCUUUGGUGGUCUCAGGUCUGUCACAACCACAACUGACGCAUCCGCAGCGAACUAUGACGAUGAUGAUGGCUCUUCCGCUACCAUCGGAGAGCAAGAGAUCAAGGUCGAAGAAGACGAGGGCCAUCAGACUGGUGGAGUGGAUGCUGAUAUGGAUGUAGCGGAUGAUGUGGAUGAGUGGCUGUGA